AUGGCGUGGGCGGAGGCGCCGCUCUUCACCUUUGCGGUGCUGUCGGACAUCCAGUAUGCUGACAAGGAGGACGGCCACUUUGACGGCCGCACGCAGCGCUUCAGGCAGGUGCCCGCCAAGCUCAAGGGGGUGGUGGACGCCAUACUCACAGAGCACACACGCCUGCUGCAGCGCGGCGGCGGCAGCGGCGGCGACAGCGGCGGCGGCGCCGCGGCCGGCCUGGAUGGCGCGGCCAGCGGCGGCGGAGCGGAUGGCGGCAGCAGUGACGGCGGCGGCGGGGCCCCCGCAGGCGGCCUGGUGGCGGCGUUGCACCUGGGUGACAUCAUCGACGGCUACGGCCCGGACGACCCAGAUCACGAUCUGAAGUCCCGCCGAGAUCUGGAUCUGAUCUUGGCGCAGCUGGACCGCCUGCCGGCCGCCGGCGUGCCGCUGCGGCACGUGCUUGGCAACCACUGCUUCGCUGUCCCGCGGGCUGAGCUGCUGGGGCGGCUGGGGUUCCCGCAGGGCAGCAGUGGCUACUACUCGGCGCGCCUCGCGCCCGGGUGGCGGCUGCUGGUGCUGGACACCACUGACAUCAGCCUGUUUGGCCACGAGGAGGGCUCGCCGGAGGCCGCCGAGGCCGCCGCGUGGCUGGCGGCACAUCCGACCCCCGCCCACCCCAACGCCCAGCCCUGGAACGGCGGCGUGGGCGCGGCGCAGGCGGCGUGGCUGCGCGCGCAGCUUGAUGACGUGGCGGCCGAGGGGGGCCGCGUGGUCGUCGCCGCCCACCACCCGUUGGCGCCGGGGGCGGCCCCAGACGCCUACCUGGGUUGGGGUCACGCUGAGCUUAGGGCUGCGUUUGAGGAACGGCCGGGCGUGGUCGCGCUUGUGCUCGCCGGCCACUACCACCCUGGGGGCGCGGCGGAGGUGGGGGGGCUGCACUAUGUGACCUGCGAGGGCCUGCUGGAGGCGCCCCCGGGGUCGGACGCGUACGCCUUUGUGGACGUAUAUCAUGACCGCCUCUCCCUCCGCGGCCGCGGCUGCGCGGCGUCGCACGAGCUGCCGCUGCCGCCGCGGCCAGCUGCGGCUGCUGCUGCUGCGGCCGAGGGGAAGGAGCGGCGGGGGUGA